AUGAAAGAAAUAAACAGAUAGGAUGUUCCUAAAAUUGAUAAAUUUUUAAGGAGGGAACAAAUAUUCAAGAAUGAGAAGAAACUAAAUGAAUUACAUGCAAAUUAUUAUUAAGGGAUUUAAUUGAAUAAGAAGGAACUCCAUUAGGAGGCAAUUAAAUUAUUGGAUUACAAGGUCAUCCAUCCUGAUGAUUUGGAGAUUUAUAUAUCAUCCAGUUCAAUAACAGAUAAACCCAUGAUUUAUAAGCAUCCUUUAUGGUUAUAAGAGAAGUGA